AUGGAGCGUAAUACAGGGAUGCUGAGAUUUCUGAGAAAUUUUCUUGUGCGUCUGAUUCUAUUUUCUAUUAGUAUGGUUGCUAUUGGAUUCGCUUACCUUAUAACUCUCCGGGGAGAAUCCUGUGACCUCGGCGAUUUCUGCUUCUUCUCCGUGCCGGAAAAUAUCAAUGUUGUGACAGGCGUUGGCCAGCUUAGUAAACCAUCGUCUGCAAUCAUCUCCGCAGGCGGAAAAUCGGCUCCGGCGACUCCCCUGAAGCUUCCGGGUCUCUGGACCACCGAUGAAUUUCAAAAAGGCGUGCGGUUCCACUCCUCUAUCUUCCAAGAUCUGAUUUCGGACGGCGUAUUGAGUACCAAUUUUAAGGUCCUCUGCGUCGAUACACAGAUGGGAUCAGAUGUUUUUGCAUUGAAAGAUAUUGGAGUUGAGGAUUCGAUUGGAAUAUUCAAGAAAGCUUCCAAGCCUUUGGUGAUUGCAGGGCAAGGCUUCAAGCAGCCUUUCAAUGAUGAGACUUUUGAUUUUCUGUUUUCCGGCAGUGGACUUUUUGAGAAAUCAGCAAGGCCGGGGGAUCUUGCAGCGGAGAUUGAUCGGACAUUGAAGCCCGAAGGGUUUCUGGUGGUCCACACAGGGUCGACAGAUGAAUAUAGUUUCAAUUCCUUUCUAGCUUUGUUUAACUAUUGUAAAUUGGUGAAGAGUAGGGAAAUUCACGGGUUCGAUCCAGAGAUGCCGUUAAUUCGCGAAAUUGUUAUGCAAAAGAUCAGUGGGGGAUAUAGACAACAAAUUCUUGGCCUGCAGGAGGAGAAUACCGGUGCCAACUCCAUGAAUAAAUGCUCUGUUCCGGGGUAUAAACUGGAAUUGAUUCAGAAAGCUGAGCCUCUGAUAGAUGAAGAGCCAAAAAAACCAUGGAUUACAUUGAAGAAGAAUAUACAGAAUAUAAAGUAUUUGCCUUCAAUGGCUGAUAUAAGUUUUAAGCAGAGGUACGUGUAUGUUGAUGUUGGAGCUAGAAGCUAUGGAUCAAGCAUUGUGAGUUGGUUUAAAAAGCAAUAUCCGAAGCAAAAUAAGACGUUUGAAAUAUAUGCAAUCGAGGCCGAUAGGAUUUUCCAUAAACAGUAUGAGUACAAGAAAGGGGUCACAUUGUUGCCCUAUGCGGCUUGGGUGAGGAAUGAGAGCUUGUUCUUCGAGAUUAAUCAAGGCCCAGGGAAUAAAAACACAGAGAAAGGUAGAGGGAUGGGCAGGAUUCGACCAGUUCAGUCUUCGGGUGGUUAUGUAUCCACUGGUGAUGUGGAUGAGAUUCCAGGAUUUGAUUUCGCUGAAUGGUUGAAGAAAACAGUGUCGGAGAGGGACUAUGUGGUGAUGAAGAUGGACAUUGAAGGAACUGAAUUCGAUCUUAUUCCAAGGUUGUUUGAGACUGGAGCAAUAUGCUUGAUCGACGAAAUCUUUCUUGAAUGCCAUUACAAUAGAUGGCAGAAAUGCUGCCCGGGUGAGAGGAGCAGCAAGUAUCAGAAAACAUAUGGGCAAUGCUUGGAUUUGUUUAAUUCCCUUAGAGCAAGCGGAGUUUUGGUGCAUCAGUGGUGGUGA